AUGGGCGGCCCUGCUGAGCCACCAUUCAUUGGUCUCUUUAUUCAUUUCCUUGCAGUUGGAAAGAUCUACUAUUACCAAGGCAAUUUUCAUAUUUUUGGAGUUAUAUACAAUGCCAGGUGUGAAAAUGCAGCUUCACAAGUGGGCACCCCUUUGAGCAAAGAUAUGGUGACUCAGGUAAAUGCAUUUCAAAAUUCUAGUAUAUACAAAGAAUAUAUCGACUCUCAUGUCAUCAAAUUUCUAUCAGCUCAAACUCCUUCAAGACCUUAUGGAAAGGCUUAUAAUAAGUUCCCUCCAGCAAAGAGGGAUAACAUCAGGACCAAAAUUGAAGCUGUCUUACAUCAAAAGCUGAAAGACAAUGUGGCAUCCUGGAAUGCAGUUCCUAAAGCCAUUAUACUUACGGCAAUCAGCAAAGCUAAUGCUGAAAAGUUUGCCAACAACUGUUGUGGAAGACAACUGACCAACAGUAUCAGAGCAGAAAACUGAAUUGUGAAUGGAAAAAGCUUGGCAGGGGCAUGGCCAUGGCAGGCCAGCCUGCAAUGGAAAGGUAAAAAACACUGUGUAGCCUCUCUGGUCAGCAGCAAGUGGCUAUUAUCUGCAGCUCACUGCUUUGCAAAGAAAAAUAAUUCAGAACACUGGACUGUUAACUUUGGAAGUAUGGUAAAUAAACGAUAUGUGACACAGAAAGUCCAAAACAUAAUUUUUCAUGAAAAUUACAGCAAUCCUGAGCUUCACAAUGAUAUUGCUCUCAUGCAGCUUGUGGAAGAAUUUGUUUCCACAAAGUACGUUGGUAGAAUUUGCCUCCCUGAAGCCAAAAUGAAGCUCAAAGAAAAUGAAAGUAUUGUCGUUACACGAUGGGAAAUGCUUUAUAUGAAUGGUAAUCCCCUUCCAAUGAUACUUCAACAAGCCCUUGUGAAGCUUAUUGUCAAUAAAAAUUGCAAUGCUCCAUAUAUACUUUCUGGCAGGGUGACUGAUAUAAUGCUAUGUGCUGGAUUUAUGUUAGGAGAAACCGAUUCCUGUCAGCAUUAUUCUGGUAGACCACUAGCUUACCCUGACUCUAGAGAUAUCUGGCAGCUUGUUGGAAUAGUAAGCUGGAGCAAAGGAUGCGGCAAAAAGAAUAAACCAGGGGUAUAUACGUGAAUGACUUCUUAUCAUAAUUGGAUUGCCUCUGAGACUGGAAUCUGA